GGAUUGUCGGGCCCCGGCAGCCGGUGCUGCUCAGAGGGCCUGCUGGCAGCGUACGCAGAAUAUGAGCAUAACUACGGCCGCUCCGUGGAGACCCUGGCCCAGGCCUCCGCUCUGGUGUCAGCACGCCAUGAACCCCCCCAACAUGGCCCCCAGACUGCUAACUCCAGAGAGCAGAAAAUGUCAGCGGGGCAUCAGCACCAAACCACAGCGUCCCCCCCCAUCACUGCCUCCUCCACAGUGCCUCCCAGCAGCAGGCGGGGGGGGCAGGUAGCUGAGCCCCAGACCCGGCGCGUUAAAGAGGAUGAGCUGGUGGGCUACAGGAGCUACAGCCCCUCCUUCUCCCGCAAAGCCGUACACCCCCUCCAGCAGGCCCACUCCUUCAGAGAGCCCAGCUACAGCGGCCCCCACCUCACCUGGAGCCCUGCAGACUGUGAGGGGGCUCUGGUCCCCAGGCCCCAGUCCACCCCCGCCCUGUCUGCGUCAGAUGAGGAGAGAGCCUGCCUGGGGGAGGACCGGGAGCUCCUCUCCCCCGUCUCUCUGAACCAGGAGGUGGUGCUGAGGCAGAAGCCCCCCUCUGGCCGCAGAACUCCUGUUCAGGCCGCCCGACACCCCCAUUACCCCCCCCAAGCAGAGCCACCAGAGCCCAUUGGUCUGGAACCUUCACAAGGGACCCCCUCUCCUGUCUCUGGGGGGCCGACCCCCACCCGCAGGGCUAACGGUAGCCUGGCACAGCAUGCAUACAACUCCCUGUCCUCCAUUCCAUUCAUAGAUGAUCCCAGCAGCCCCGGCUCUGACCUGCAGGCCUGCUAUGUUCCUGCCUGCUCUGUUGUGUCCAGUUCCACUGUGGCCACCCUGUCUGUCUCCCCCACCCUCUCCUCCAUCUCCCCCUUUGUCACACUUUGUUCUCAGAACCUCAGGAGUAUUAAAAGUCGCCGCUCCUCCUACUUGCUGGCCAUCACCACAGAGAGAUCCAAGUCCUGUGACGAGGGUCUCAACACCUUCAGGGAGGAAGGCCGUGUCUUCUCCAAACUACCAAAAAGGGUCAAGAGCUUUUUCACUGAUGGGUCUCUGGAGAGCCUGCGAGCUCAGGAGGAGAGCCUGCGAGCUCAGGAGGAGAGCCUGCGAGCUCAGGAGGAGGCCCGCUCCAAAUGCCACUCCACCUCCGAGCUGGGAACCAUCACCUUCAGCAACAUACGCAGGGAGGGCUGGCUGCACUGCAAACAGAUCCUCACCGAGAAGGGGAAGAAAGUAGGAGGUGGCAUGCGACCAUGGAAACGCGUCUUCUCCGUGCUGCGCUCCCAUUCGCUCUUCUUCUACAAGGACAAGCGAGAGGCCGUCCUGCACGGGGCGGGGCCCGGCCAGGACGAACAUCCUCCAAUCAGCAUCCGCGGCUGCCUGAUCGACAUCGCCUACAGUGAGACCAAGAGGAAGCACACCCUGAGGCUCACUACGCAGGACUUCUGCGAGUACCUGCUGCAGGCCGAGGACCGGGACGACAUGCUGGCCUGGAUCAGGGUCAUCAGGGAGAACAGCAAGACCGGCAACGAGGAGAUCGGUUUCUCAGGACAAGCUCUCAUCAACAAGAAGCUGAACGACUACAGGAAACACAGUCUGACAGGCAGUAAGCCUGACUCCUCUCCCAGAGCACAUCGCAUGAUACCUCCCUUCCUGCUGGCUAAGACUGACAACGCCUCAGUGAACCGGGCCAGAACUGAUGACAACAAGGCACUGUGGGGCAUCAACAUCAUGAAGAAGGCGAAGAAGACGGGCAGUCCGAAGGCUUUUGGUGUGAGACUAGAGGACUGUCAGCCUGCUGUCAACCACAAA